UUUUUAAUUAUUCCUUUAAAUGAAAAAAGUUAUAUCCCUAUCUCGCACUAUACUUUCCCUUUUAAUUUUCUCCUAAACUAUUAUCGUCUUAAAAAUUUAAUUAUUUUUAUUAAUAAAAAUAAAAAGAAAUAUACCCAUUAUCGGUAUAAAAAUUUAAUUAUCUAG